AUGACAGAGAGCUCCACUCCACCGGUAACCAACAACCACAACGAGACCAGCAGCGACCACAGGGAGAAGAGGCGAAGCAAUGUUGAGGUUUAUCUGGAUAGGAAAGAGAGUCUUGAAGACGAUGUCGUUGCAGAUCGACUGUUGGAAGAUUCGGUUUAA